GAGUUACUUCCGUGUUACCAUUAACACGCAGUUGUUGCACCACAAGAUGAUGGACCGUUUGAACGGAGAGGAGGAGAAAAAGGAGACGGACAAUCAUGAGUACCGUACCCGGGACCGACUCGGGAGUGGUGCCACGGCCGAUGUUUAUAAGGGGACCAACAAGAACACAGGCGAAGUGGUAGCCCUCAAGAUGAUUAACAUCAGUUAUGAUUCAAAUAUACAAAGGGAGAUGGAGGCUCUGAAGAAACUUCAACACCCAAACAUUGUCCGAUUCUUCAACUGUGAAAAAGAUAGCUUGACGGGGAGGUUUGUGCUGGUCAUGGAACUCUGUGAGAAAGGUAGUUUACAGGAUCUCCUCGAGGAACCAGAAAAUUACUCCGGUAUGGAUGAGGACGAGUUUCUCAGGUUCUUCGAGCAUUUAGUAAAUGGUACAAAACAUAUGAGGAACCAAGGUUUUUCUCAUCGAGACAUCAAACCUCGGAAUGUCCUUGUCUUUACGGACGAAGACGGCAGCAAUGUGUACAAGCUGUCAGACUUCGGUACAGCUAAACCUCUGGGAGACGAAGACUUAUUCAUGUCCCUGGUCGGCACAGAAGAGUAUUUGCAUCCUGCCAUGUAUAGGAAGGCGUUUAUAGACAACAGUUACUGUCAGGUUUUUGACAUAUCGGCAGACAUAUGGAGCCUCGGGGUGACUUUAUAUCACGCUGCCACAGGACAAACACCAUUCAAUGCAUACGGUGGUCGCUCUGACAAGGCCAAAACGUAUGAGAUUUACUCGAACAAAGCACAAGGUGUGAUAUCAGGCCAGCAGGAGGUCAGUGAGGGCCCGAUAGUGUGGAGCAGGGAUCUUCCAAACACUUGCAAGCUCUCCAGGCCCCUGAAAGACCGUAUCAGGGACAUUCUUGUCCGCAUUUUCGACAGUGCUACAUAUACCCCCUUCGGAUUUGACGAUUUCUUUGACGCAGCAGAUACGCUCAUUGGCCCAUGUGUCAACCAUCUGCAUGUUUUCUACUCCCUGUACGAUCAGCACUACCGACUGUUUCUGGACACUAGGCACCAGACCCUGUCAGAGGUUAUUCAACAGAUCAUAGGCAAGGCUUACGAUGAACAGGUCAUACUAUGUAAGAAUGGAGAUAUUGUGGGAACAAAAAUGCAGAAUACCCCAAUCUGCCGGUACUCGCAUACCUCCAGAGCCGACCCACUUAUCCUUAUGUCAACAAAUAUAGAGGAAAUUUAUAUUGAAGGCCUUGAUGGCGUCAUUGACAAGCCCUGUGCUGCGUUUCCCGCUGUGGUCGAUACUGACCAUGCUUAUAAGCUGGCCAAGAGCAUGUGUGAGGAUAUUCAUCUGUCCAGGAAGAAGGUGCACACAGCGGUGCUCUCACAGAAACUCUUCACCAGGAUCAUUGCUAGGCAUGGUUCAAUGUUGGAUCUGAAGAUUCGUCAGCACCGACGAGAUUUUGACUUGCUCAGGAAGAGAUUUGACGAUGUGACGAUGAAAAUAAAUGCACAACGCAUUGCAAAUGAAUUUCAAGUCUUCUGUUAUACCAACAUCCGAAACAAGCUUCACACGUGUGGUAAGAGUCUGAAGAAUGUCGGUGAUGAGUACGACGCUGCUAUGGAGGCCUGGAACAUCUCGGACAGCGCUGUCCGACAAAACCAGAGCUGGAAGGGAAAGGCAGACCAAAUUGUAGAACUGAGCAAGGCGCAGCUCCAAAAGUUAGGGAAUUACAGACGGAAGGACAACCAGAUGACGCUCAACGAAGAGAAAAUGUUUGCUUUAGACAGGGAGGCUAUGGAGGAUCUCAACAAGGAAGCUCUUCUUGAGGACUUUUGGCAAAGUCACGCAAAAACACGUCUGAAGUUCAUCGAAUGGUACAGACGUUACACAGGAUUUUCACAGAGUGUCAAAGAUCUUGGAAGAUAUUUAGAAGAUUUGCAGUCGUCGAAUUGGAAUCUUGUGGACAAUGUGAACUUGAUUUCCCCCCGGACCCUUGCUCCUGUGCCCAUGGCCCUGUUACCUGGAUUCUGUACCUCGUAUCCAAUACUGACCAAAUCACCCAUUAAUCUACCAUGAAAGACCCUUGGAAAACACAAUUAUUAAUUAUGGCCCCUUUUUAAUAUCCAAUAGUUGGGCAUUAAAUCAAGUUAAUGGCCUAUAAUUUGAAGGUUCACAAAUAAAUGGGUUAAUACAAUAGCCAUAAAAAGUUGAAAAGAGUAAUGGCCAUGAAUUUCACUUGCCUUUAAUCGGUGACCCAAUUUAAUGGCCAUCACACAUUUUGGAACCAGUAAUGGCCAUGAAUCAAAAUCAUUUUAAUGGUACUUUACUUCCACAGCAGAAAACUACCAAUGACCAUUAAUUUGUUUAAAACAUGGCCAUUACAUAUACCUUCCAUUAAUUAUGGCCCCUUUUAAUGACCAUUGUUUGCUUGUGAAAAUACUCAUGGCCACUAAACUUUCAAACAUAACCAUUAAUUAUGGCCAUUAAUGUCAGGUGGUGAUAGUGAAAUAAUGGCCAUUCAAUAAAUGGCACAUUCUAAACCCAUGGUACCUGCCAUUCAUCAUGUAGUAUUUAAUUGCCAUAACUUGCAAAUUAAACAUACUGUGCAUUGAGUAAGGAAUAAUGGCCAUUAAAUAGUGGCAGAUGUAUCGUAUUAUAUAUUAAUAAUCAAUUGCAGUCAUAAGAAAAACCAUAGUGAUAUUGUGUUCUGUAAAUAAAAAGCAAGUAGACAGGUAUCUAUCCACAAUUACCAUAAAUAUGUCCUUGCAAAUUUGUUCUUGCAUUAUUAAGGUUGAUGUUUAACAUGUUCUCCAGACCCCAAAAUCUGUAGAAGACUCUGCCCUUGACUGAUGGAGUCAAAAAUGUGACAUCAAGAUUCUAAUACAAUAUUUAAUCUAUUUGAUUAAGAUGACAUGUUGUAAAAUUGUGAUCAAAUAUGUACCUGAAAAUUUAGACCACUUCAAUUUACAAGUCACAACAGCUAAACUUUGAACAAAUUUAUUUAAAACUCCCUAAACAUUAAAUCAUUACAUAUAAACUAACUGUAGUGUAAUAUACAUUCAUAAAGAUUGUGCACCACUCCGGACAAGUAUCUCAUUAUUAAUUAUAUUAAUUAUGACAUUUCUUUCAAAGUAAGAAAAUUGCCGCAUGUUUUUUUACGCAUUCAAAUUUGAAAUAAACAAUUUUA